GACAGAAUGGUUGACAUGUUCUAACGUGUCAACAGUGUUUAAUCAUAACAUAUUUAAAAAAAAUUUACACAUCCGAUAAUCAAUUUAUAAUACUUUUUUUCUAUAUUAAUUGUUUAUUUAUAGUAUCAGCCGUAGUGCGAUUAUCUACUUUAAAGUUAAACUUGUUUACACUCGUUUUUGCUAUUUUGUAAAUUCAGUGGUUGUCAACAUCAGUUUUUUUUUAAUGUGCGCUUAAAAAUAUUAUAAUCAGAAGAAUCAGAAUAACAGGAAUUCGGAAAAAGUAAUUUUGCACAGUUUAAAAGAGAAUAUUUCCUGCUACUCCGAAUAUAUUGGAAUCAUAAAAUGAAAUGAUAAAAAAGAUUUUUGGUGAGAUAAGAGUGAAUAAUUGAAGAAUGCUCAAAGAAGUUGAAAACGGAGCAGGAGGUUGCAAUGGUGUCACCUCUAGACCUCGCCGAUUUUUUCCAAGGUUUUCAUUACGAAGAUUAUUAUAUUCGAGUCCUUUAAUUGGUCGCCGAAUUUCACGAGUGACUAAUUCUAGCAUCAGAAAUACCAAAGCAAAAGAUCCUGUUAAUAGAGUGAUAGAUGUGGAAAAAGGAGAAGCUAGAGUUAGUAAUGGAUCGUCUCACUUUCAGUCACACAAUUCCGAUCUUCAACGAGCUUCCAGUAAGGGCUCGGUCCUGUCAACUGCAGGGAAGAGUACCGAAAGUGGAGAACUAGAAUGUCCUCUCUGCUUGGCCGAAUUGCCAAGCGAAUUAUUUCCUACGAUUCAAACUUGCCACCAUCGAAGUUGUUACGAUUGCUUUCAACAGUAUCUUAAGGUUGAAAUUUCCGAAUCAAGAGUCAAUAUCGCGUGUCCUGAAUGUUCCGAGCCUUUACAUCCUAAUGAUAUUCGUAUGAUUUUAAACGAUCAAGUUCAGUUAGAAAAGUAUGAAGAUUUUAUGGUUCGAAGAGUUCUUGCCGUCGAACCAGACGCAAGAUGGUGUCCUGCUCCUGAUUGUUUCUUCGCUGUAAUUGCAAGUGGCUGUGCUUCUUGUCCAAAAUUACGUUGCGAAAGGCCAGGUUGUGAUUCAUAUUUUUGCUACCACUGUAAAGCUCGAUGGCAUCCAAAUCAGACGUGUGACGCUGCACGAGCUCAAAGAUUCCAACACUAUGAACGAAGUUCGUCGUUAAGUUUCAGCCAAAGUGAUUCACAACACAGAGAUGACAUUAAACCCUGUCCGAGAUGUCAAGUUCUCAUUGUUAAAAUGGAUGAUGGCAGUUGCAAUCACAUGACUUGCGCCGUCUGUACAGCCGAAUUUUGUUGGCUUUGUAUGAAAGAAAUUAGUGAUCUUCAUUAUUUGAGUCCAUCGGGAUGUACAUUUUGGGGCAAGAAACCUUGGUCCAGAAAGAAGAAGAUUUUAUGGCAAUUGGGAACUUUGGUUGGAGCUCCAGUUGGAAUUGGUCUUGUCGCGGGUAUAGCUGUUCCUGCAAUGAUAAUAGGUAUACCUGUAUGGGUGGGCAGAAAAUUGUACACCAGAUACGAAAAAGCAAACAAACACAAAAGGAACGCUUUCAUUGUGGGCGGAGUAACAGCAUCGGUAUUAGUUGCUCCUGUGUUAGCUGGUUUAGCAGUGGGAAUUGGUGUUCCAAUUUUAUUGUUCUACGUUUAUGGUGUAGUUCCCGUUUCAUUGUGUCGCAGCGGAGGAUGCGGAGUAUCGACAAAUGGUUCAGGUGUUAGGUUUGAGUUUGACGAUGAAAACGAAUUAAUGGGUGCACUCGGAGGUCGAAAUGUUGGAGAUGCAGCAUCAAUUGGUGUUGUAAGUCAUCGAGGUGGGAAUCCAUCGAUAGGAGAAGCUUCACUUUCACUAGGAAGCGGAAGUCAAUUAGAAAAGUUGGGUCGUGAAAAUGAUCGUGAAAGCGCCAGUAAUGUUGCACUUGCAGGAACCAGCAUUGCGGGAAGUAUAGCAUCAAGCGUACUUCCAGGAGGCCAAAGACUGGAAGUUCAAGCCGAUGUUACCUCCACGCAGAGAUUUAGCCUAUGCAGUGAAACUGCAUCAGCAACUACGAGUCUUUCUGAAAAAUCCGUCAACGCUUCUAUUGCCUUGGACGAUGGAGCGGCAUCCACGAGGGCGUUAGCCGGCUCGGUUUUAAAUUUUAAGAUUGAGGGCAGUUCUAUUACGAGCGGUCCAAGUAUGGAAGGAGAACAAACAUCAAACGCAACGGUCGCUACUGUUACCGAGGCGAAUGUUGAUUCAGCAGGUCAAGCAGCUUCUCUCAGUUCGUUAGAAGAAAUAACACCUGGUUUGGCGAAACGUUCUCGCCGAAGGCCCACUUUGGACCGACAACACAGCGAAUCCAACAGUUGGACUGUUUGCGAGGAAGACGGUGGCUCAGAACGUGUUCGAUUCGAUCAUCAUGUGAGUUUCAUUGAAGCUGACCAGGAAGCAAGUAGCUCAACAAAUGUCACAAGAGGUCCUGGACGACGCAAAAGAAACAAGGAACUCGAUCAAGAUGCUGAUUCACAGAAAACAACGAGACUCAACACGUAAGAAUUACUGUAAGUAAAAUAUAUAUUUAUGUAUCCCAUAUACAUACGUAUAUAUCAAAAAAAUCUAUUUUUUUUUAAACAAAAAGAAAAAAAAAACGCACACCAAUCCAUCAACUUUGUGUAAAUGCGUCUUAAAUAUUAGACACAUUUUUUUUGUGCGAUACUUUUUUUUUAAAAUUCCAGUAAAUGUAUUUUACGUUUUUAAGAAGAUUAAUUUAGAAUUUGAAAAAGAAGGUCAAUUUCAUUGACGUUAGAUUUUUAUUAGUUCAGAGAAUUUUUAAUCUUUCAAGACUGGAUGUAACAAAAAGAUGACUUAAUCGAUUGCUAUUUUGCGAUUCGACAUUAUUUUGUAUUAAAAAUUUAUUAGAAUUGGUUUAAGAAUAUGUCAAAAAAAAAGAUCAUACAGUUAAUCUUUAAAAUUUUUCUUCCAUUAGUCAACUGUUAUCUGUUGUUAUUAUCAGAGAACGUUGUCAGUAAUUAUAAAAAAAAUAUAAGAGCCAAUGUUAGCGUGCUUAUAAUGAGUUACACGUCACUGCUGAUGCAUACGAGUAUUUGUAUAUGUACUGUGCGAAAUCAAAGACUGAGCGUGUUUGAGAAACAGUUUAAUGAAACAGAUGUUUGAAAAUGAAAGGACAGUGUUUAGAUAUGCUUAAGUAAAAAUUUAUACAAAAAAAAA